UGUUUGUUAAUUUAUUGCCCCGAAAAAGGACAAAAGCAUGCAUCUGCCCCAGGGCGUGAACGUGGUUGGGGAAAGGGGUGGAGAGCCGGGUAACGCUGGGUCAUCAACAACACACCACAUAGCUUAGCAACCCGCUAACCCCAGCCCCUCAAAACGGGAGUUUUCCCCCUGCAGCGUCGACAAAAGACGCAAGUGCUGCCGCGGUGAAAGAAAAAAGAAAACUGCAUUGUAAACUUACUGCGGAGGUUGUUGACCAGCUCAGCGUGGCUGGCUCCUCCGGAUUUCCAGGCCAUUAUUGAACAGACUUUGCGGAGUGAGUAGACAGCAGCUGUCAGUGCCGCGCAUGCGCCGAAGGUUUUACCGAGGAAGACGACGACCUCGAGAGCAGACGGGGGGGCGACGUCAGCAGGCAUCCGAGCGGCUUCACACCCGCACCCUGACGGGAAACAGACAAAUAAUUUAAUUAUUUAGAUGCCUGUCUAGGUCACUGUUCAUUUAAAGUGAAAAAAAUGCCACAUUCCUCGGUCUCUCCGUGCUUGAGCUUUAUCAGAGUUGGUGCAGUGACGAAUAGCGGCCGCUAGGGGGCGUGAGGCGCCCGCCAGCAUUCUCACAAUUUGAAUCUUUCUUUAUCUAAAAUGAACAACACAGUAUCCAUUUGUCCCCUCCAGACUUAAGUACAAAGUUUAAAGCCAUAAUUUCCUGGAGUAUAUAAUUGGAUGUUGGAUAAAGAUUACAAAACGUUACAAAAAGUAAAGAAAAUAAAGGGGGAUAAAACAUUGGGGAGGGCUAGUACUGCUUGAGUUGGCCAGUUCUGAGCUCUGAGCAGGACAGAGACAGUCCUGAAUUAGCAUGCAUUCUGCGUGUGACCUGCUUAAAUUAUGCUAAUAAUGAAUUGCAUUUAAGUACCUCUAAACAGGUCAGUUAAUGUGGAAAAGGUAAUGACCACAUGAAACAGAAAAUAACAUUCAAAUCUGGCGUUAAUUAUGUUUUUAUUCUGAUGUUUAUUUAGAUUAUUUAGAUUAUUUAGAUACCCGUCUAGGUCACUGUUCAUUUAAAGUGAAAAAGUGAAAAAAUGUCACAUUCCUUAGUCUCUCCGUGCUUGAGCUUUAUCAGAGUUGUCGCAGUGAUGAAUAGCGGCCGCUAGGGGGCGUGAGGCGCCCGCCAGCCAGCGCGGUGAGCGUCGACGGGAGAAAAGCCGCUUCGCUUCUUUGGUCUCACCGGGCCGCCGUAGAAGGAGGAGAUGGAAAGUACAACUGCUAAAUACGUCUCCCAGAAAAUCAGCAAAACGAGAUGGAGCCCAGUGUCGCAUUCUUCUUUACAACAACCAGAUAUAUUUGCUACUGGCUCGUGGGACAACGAGGACAACAAGAUUUCCAUUUGGUCCAUUGGGAAUAAUGGCAGUCCCAGUCUGGAAGAUGGAUUUGAAGGAGACCCGCAACUUUUAUGUGAAUACAAGCAUAAUGGGGAUGUGCUUGACCUCCAAUUUUUGGACCAAGACAGAAUCGUCACGGCAUCGUCUACAGGAGCAGUCACUGUGUUCCGCUAUCACCAAAACAGCCAGACUAUCUCCGUUUCCCACAGCUGGGAAAGAGCACACCGUUACCCUUGUGACAAUGCUCCUUGCACGGGUGUCGUCUGCAGCAGUCCUGACAUUGUUUCUGUCGGAGAGGAUGGUAGGAUCAUCAUCUUCAGAGCCGACCAGGAAGGAGUGAUCAGAGUCAUAGAGAAUGCCGACAGCAGUACAAUUCAUGCUGCGACAUACCUGAGGACCACAGAGGUUUUGACAGUCAACUCUAUCGGCCAACUGAAGCUGUGGGAUUUGAGACAACAAAGCAACACACCGUCGCAGAUUUUAUCCCUGUCAGGAGAUAGAGUUCCUUUGCAUUGCGUUGACAGACACCCGAAUCAACAGCACAUUGUGGCCACGGGUGGCCAGGACGGCAUGCUCUGUGUCUGGGAUGUGAGACAAGGCAACACGCCCUUCUCACUUAUGGAGGCACAUUCAGCUGAAAUGUGGGAGGUCCACUUCCACCCAACCAACCCAGAUCACCUGUUCACCUGCUCAGAGGACGGCUCGCUGCUGCACUGGGAGACUUCCUCCCAGUCAGAAAUGCCGUCUUUCUUGCAAGGUGGCAGGAACAACAGCAUGAUCUCCCGCAGUGCGAUGGCCCCGGCCGGGGGGAACCAGUCCCUCAUCAACACCUGGCUCAGUGGAGACACCAGUAAAGGCCGGCUGGAGACCACGCACAUGCUGCCCAGCCAGACGCUGUCUGUCAACAGCUUGGAUGUGCUGGGACAGUGUCUUGUCUGUGGGACUGAUGGAGAAGCUAUUUUUGUCAACAGACAGGUCCCAGUUUAAAAGAGCUGUUCAUGGACAUGACAAGUUGUGGAUAACAAACUCAUUUACACUGCAUUUCAGGCUGAACAGAAUGUUGUCUUUUUUUUCUUUUUUAUCAUUCAAUGUGCCCAAUAUACUAACUAUAGGAUAAGAAAUCUGGCUUUACUUGUGUAAAUAUCUAGUAAAGUGCUUAAUGUUUUAGUAUAAAUUCCAGUGAUUUGUACUUUAAUUUCAAGCAGUUUAUCAAGUUAAAAUUGUUUUGUAUAGAUUCAAAUUAAACAAUAUAAAAUUUAAAAAAUGA